AUGGCACGCAGAGCGGCUUUUUUCUUCGUGUGCUGUCUGAGCUAUCUGAACUCUCCAGACUUCAGCGUGACUUCCAGUCGGCAAGUUCUCCGGGGGCCUGGGGGAGUACUCCCAAACGGGGAGCUCCGAGAUGUUUACGACAUGGAGCCGUCCACGGAAGCGAGAGAAGGGCCACUGCAGCUCUUCGCCUCGCCCAUUUACCGCCGUCGGAUACGACGGGAGGAGGACGCAGUGCGGGAACUGAACGAGGAGAUUGCAGUCAACUUCAAGCGGCUGAUGGUCCGCGACGAGAAAGGCGUCGAGUGGUCGAAGACAGACUACGCAGGCGGAUAUACUUCGUACUUCAGUCUCCCAGCGCUGCAGAAGUGGGUUCCGCCAAUCCAAACCCUUGAGCAAUGGUUGAAGCCACACAUCGAAGAGUUCAGGAAAGAAGCUGGCUUGCUGGAGGAACCGGAGCUUUUCAUGACAGACUGCUGGGCAAACGUCAUGGGUGAGGGGACGGAGCACUGCUUUCAUCAGCACAACAGAUCAACCAUCAGUGGCACCUACUACGUGCAGACUCCCAGGGGCUGCUCCAGUUUGCUCUUUGAAGAUCCGCGUUUGGACAGGACAGUUGCCAAGCGGCAGAGGAAAGUCAUUGCGUGUCCAGCGAUUGCUGGAUUCGUCGUCCUGUUCGAGAGCUGGCAACGACAUACGGUUCCUCCCAAUGCCGGUGAGGGUGAGCGCAUCAGUGUCAGUUUUAACUACCACUGGCGCUAUGAAGAGCCCACCAAGCUGCAGAGGGAAGCCUAA